AUGAGUGCCCGCUACAAGACCAUCAGUGGCCUGUUAGGCUUCGUGGAUCCCGUCCAUGGCGAUGGCGCGUCACGGAUGGAGAUCGAGAUACUUCCAGAGCCAGCCGAUGCUGGACCCUCGAGGCGAACGCGUAAAAGAGAUAGCCUGAGGGUUAUGAGUGUGCGUAACCUGGUGAACAAAAUCGAAACCCGUGCCACCGAAUCGUUGGAGCGUAACUUCGGGGGUCGCUUUUCCGGGCGCCUCCGGAAAGGAAAGCGCGUGGUAGAUGGCCCCCCGUCGGCAGCAGGCGAUCAGAAGGAACAGCCAAAAAUCCCCCAUGGCUCUAGCAACUCCAAGGGCCAGCAGCCGACCUGGUACAUGGUGCAUCUAUCGCCGGGCAGAGAAUCGUCCACCUCUCCCGGACCCACCGACGACGACAACCUGCAGCGCGACGACGAGCACGAACAGGCCGUUAUCGAGCACGAUAAGAUAAGCGCCGAUAGUGCUGAAUUUAGCCAACGGGCGUCCAACGAAGAACCGGUACAAUACAGUGAUAUGAAGCCAACCAACACACCCAGCGUGGAUCGGGAAGAUUCCGGUCGGUGGAGCAUUUGUUCAGACUUUGAAAAGGAUUCCCUUCCUGAUGUGGAUGAUAUCUGCGAUACCUGGAAUGAAUUUAUCUACCUGCGGCUUUCAAAAGAGAAUGCAAAGCAUCUGAACUCCUAUAGUCCUGAUUUUGAGUCCACACCAUUCGAUGAGGACUAUCAACCAGCGGAAGCCUCGAACACGAUCAUCUCGUUGCGGUUUACUCCUUAUGAACUGCAUAGAAUCAUUUACGGUCUACCAAUCGGUCAAGAAGAAGAAGAAGAAGCAGAACCUGACGAACAUUCUUCCCACUCCUCUGACGAGUCAGACGAUGAUUGCGUGUUCCUCGAUGCCCCAGACCGUAUCGAUACCCCCGGGGCUAAGUCCAUCGCAGAAGUUGCACCUUGUGAGUCUCCAGAUGAAGGAGUAGUUUUCCGCGACAGUCCGGUGGAAUCACCGGAGCCGACGCCACAAAGUGAUAUUGACAUCAAAAUCUCUUUCCUCAUCGACGAACUGCUCGAAACGGAGCGGAACUACAUCAACACGCUUGAGAAGGGCAUCGCUACGUACGUGGAUGCCGUCUUCAGCGAACAAACGCCGCCGCAACUGUGCGGCAAGAAGUAUCACCUGUUCGGGAACCUGGAGUAUAUCUACCGGUUCCAUCAGAAUGCCUUCCUGCCGAAGCUUCUCACCGCCGGUAACGAUGUCGAGCGGAUAGCGGACACGUUCGUGCAGUUUCUCGAAAACGAUAGCUUCUAUGGGUACAUCCUCUACUCGAUGUACCACCCCAAGUCGCAGCGGCUCUGCGAACAGCAUAUCGAGUUUUUCCGCCAACACCAGCAACGCCACGGCGAUAAGUUGGGCGUGAAAAGUCUGAUCCUGCAGCCGAUCCAACGGCUGCCACGCUACCAGAUGCUGCUGAACAGUAUCUUCAAACAGUUGGUAAAGAAACCGGGCGGAAUCGGUCGGAACACGCAGCUGCACAAGGUUUGCGUCGCCGAAAAGCGGCUUCAGACGAUGAUCGGUAUCAUGAAUGAGUCCGUUACAAUCAAUGACAUAGAACAGUGCGAAAUUGCGGAAGACGAUCAAGUGGAGCUAGGAUUUGGUGUCCCCAAACCGGCGAUAGUAUUGAAAAACCAGAACCACGACAAUCAGGUGCUAUUCCUUUAUCCCAAAGACAACGACAGUGUUGAUCGAAAUAAACCGAUCAACAUCCUACACCAAGGUAAAUUCCGUAGCGUCUUUCCGGUGUUCAUAAACGAUCUGAAGCUAAAGCGCCAGUACCAGGGCCGACUGUUUGUCUUCGAGCGGUGCGUGAUCUACGUCGAACAGUUGGACACGAAAAGUCUCACCUACCGCGGCCAUUACACCCAUCAGGAGAUCGAGUUCGAUUUUAGCAACCGUCAGAUUCUGAAGCUCUCCUCGCGCCGCCACGAACGGCUCGAGAUUGAGGUGAAGGUCAACAUCCAGUGCCCUGGCAAGACGCAUCUUCCCGACAUCAUGCAGGCGAUCGAAACGAUCAUCAAUCGUAGGGAUCAGCGGGAAAGUUUCGCGUUCGACGGAGGUGGCAUGCUGCGGGAAGGGUUCACGUGCCGGAAUGGAAGCAUUAGGAGCAGUUUUUCCAGCACGAUGAGUGAAUCGAGUUUCUACAGUGUGUAUAGUCAUCCGGGGCUUAGUAGCCCACACGAGGAUGAUCCUUCCUCUGCCUCGAACCGGAAUCAAAGUGUGGUAUCAGAGUGUAGUACCAUCGAGGCAAUGCUCCACUUCCAGCAGCACUUCGAACGAGCGCUGGAGGACAGUACGAACCUGUACAUCCGCUCGCUGCCGGAAGAUAUGGCUCGGCAGCUGGACGAGAUGGUGGAGAUCCUCGAGGAGAUGCUACGUAUCCAGCACGCCAUUAACUAUCGCCUGUUCGAAGAGGACUACCAGCGGCUCACCUUCGACUCCGAUGUGGCGUACUUUUGUUGCGUGUUUCGCGAUUGCUUCCGGCGCAGCGAGUUCGACGUGUUCUUGCGGUACGUGGAGCACACGAAAACAGUCGAAUCGAUUCUGAUGAGCUUCGAGCAGUACUUUAACGGGCAACCGAAGCCCCCUGGAGCGUCCAUCCUCUCGAUCGAUGCCUUCCUCUACCUACCGGUGAAGUACAUCAAUCGAUGCUGUCACUUCUUUAACGUGCUUUGGGCGCAAAAGGAGGACAAUCAACUGGAUUGCUCUGCCUCGCUGACCACCAUCGAUCUACGAUAUGUCUACGAGCAGAUGUCACUGGUACAGCGGAGAGUGAACGAAAACUAUCAAAUCCGUCAGCUGAUAAUGGAAGUCGAGUUCCUAAACGAGAUCGGACUCGUGAAACACUCCGAAAUCGUUAAACUGGAAGGCUCAUACGCUCUGUUUCGGCUUCUCCUAACAAAAACCGGUCUGCUAUGUAUGAAAAUUUCAGCCGAUAAGCACAAAAUCGAAACCUACAGCAGCGUCACCUUCUACUGUCCUUAUACGAAGAUCUCGGAAAGGACCAGCAAGCGCCGUGGAACGUUUUGGUACGUCUACCUGGACAACCGGAAGACGACACUGAUCUUCCCCUCGCGCCAACUGCGCCACCUGACGAUCGAACACUUCCACACCCUCUCGACCCAGAUGAAGCAGAAGGAGCGCGUAAAGAAGCGCUCGUUUUUCUACGUCACCUAG